AUGAUGAAUUCCACGUUGCGCGAGAAAGCUGCCGCAUCUGAUGCAGGCGCUGGGUUUUACAUCAGAGAUUACGAAGCCCAGCAAAACAAAAACAUCAUCGACGCUGCCGCUAGAGUCAGCACACUUGAGAGAUUCAUCUUCUCCACACUUCCGUAUAUGAGCAAGCUAAGCGGUGGCAAAUAUGCCCACGUCUACUAUUCCGAUAGCAAAGCAAUUGCAGAGGAAUAUGGCAAGUCAACAUACCCGGAUCUCUGGAAGAAGACCAGUACUUUCUAUGCUGGGUUUUAUCUCGAGAACUUGCAGGCCGGGCCUCUCUUUUGCCCUAAACUGAACAAAACGGGGGACAGCCUCAUCGCAUCGAACGUGGAACCAAUCACCACGCUGGUCUUUCCUUGGUACUCUGUUGUACAAGACACCGGCGCCCUCGUAGCAGCUUUGAUUGAAGCAGAACCUGGCAAGAAGCUCAUUGGCGUCAAUGAAUGGCUAAGCCUUCAAGAAAUUGCUAAGCUCCUAGCUCAGACUUUGGAGAAAGACAUUCAGUUUGUGGACAGCGCACCUAAUUUCGACCUAGGUGAUUCUGAGCUUCAGCUAGCACGUGAAGAAAUGAUAGGCUUCUGCAUUGAGUUUGGAUAUGACGGAGCAAAGGUCGACAAGACUGUUGUGAAGCCGAUGGAUCUGGGAGUGCCUGUACGGCUAAUGCCCGUGAAAGAGUGGAUGAAAAACCAGGACUGGGAGAAAUUCUUACCAAGGGAGUAA